AUGGCCCAUGUCUUCACUGUGUGCCCCCCAGGCCCCCCUGAUGUGGAGCAGUCCUGUGAGCCCAGUCUGCAGGCCUGGAGCCCGGAGCUGAGCCUCUAUGACACCAACGUCACGUCUCCAUGUCCUGAGAGAGAGGGCUGUGCACUCACUCUGGACUUUCUUCACCCUGUGGUGCCCCACAGCCUCACUCUGUGGGUUACCUACAUCUCCUCAAACAACCCAGCCAUAGCUGACAUAGAGCUGAUCACAGAAAAGGGAGUCAUCCACUUGGGCCCUCAGCACAUUUUCUGUGACAUGCCCCUGACUUUGCACCUCAGCACAAACGGUGCUGCAGUGGAGGCCGUUAGACUCAGCACAUUUGAUGAGAAACUGGAGAUCGAUGCUGCCAUGUUGUCCUCCGGUCCAUCUAGCCCACUGUGCUCUGGGUGCAAACCUCUGCUCUACAGGGUCCACAGACAGCCGCCUUUCACCAGAAACCCCCCUGCUCAGAGACAGCAGACUUUCACUGACAGCUCAGUCCAGCUUGGUGUCCAUUACAAGUACACACUUCAGGUGGAAGCUGAGAAUGUGAGUGACGAGUCUCCUUCACUGUCGUACGUCCACGGACAGCCCUUCUGUGGAGAUGGAUUCUUACAGGGGUCUGAGGAAUGUGAUGACAGUAAUCUUCUGGAUGGAGACGGCUGCUCCAAGAAAUGCCUCAGAGAAAGGGGCUUCAACUGUAAUGGCGAACCCAGUCAAUGCUAUGUUUUUGAUGGGGACGGCGUGUGUGAGGAGUUUGAGCGUGGCUCCAGUGUACAGGACUGUGGGUACUUCACCCCUCUGGGCUUCAAUGACCAGUGGGCGUCCACAGCUGCUGCAUCGCACCAGGAUCCAUACAAGUGUCCUGCCCGCGCCGUCACUGGAGAGCCUGCUCUUAACAAGCUGUGCAGGUCUCAUCAUCUGGACAUGGCGGACAGACCUCCGGUUGGAGCCUGGUUCCCCUGCACGGCUCAGGACCACAGUAACGACUUGGAACACACAUACUGGCUUAAGGUGGGAUUUCCUCAUCCCGGGGUAGCCGCCUCAGUCAUGGUGUACCUGGCCUCAGAUGGUUCAUGGUCCGCAGACCAGUGUCGAAGAACCGCCGUCAUUCUACUGUCAGAUACAACUGGGAGGAACCACUCACUGGGCUCUCACGAUCUAUCGUGCCAUCGUAACCCUCUGGUGGUGAAUGUGACCCAUGAGCUGUCUCGGCCCUUCUUCCUCACGUCGGCUGUGAUCCUGCAGUUCUCUUCUCCGUCUGUGGCUGUGGCAGGCGUCGCUCUGAGGACCUCUUGCCACUUCAGCACCUUCGCCCUGACUGGUUGUUUGAGGCAGCCGUGUCAGUUGGACAGCUGCAGUCCGCCACAGAUCGACCAUGGUUUUGUCAGAUGCACAGGAGGAGGAGAGGCAUCGCGCUGCUCUGUGAGGUGCCAUCGCGGCUACAGCAUCAAGUUUCUCAGCGGAAAAGGGGAGCGGUCAUAUCAGAGGGAGGCGAAGUUGGAGUGCUUCCAUGGUUCCUGGGAUCGUAUGGUUCGCUGUCGCCCUGUGGACUGUGGACCCCCAGACCAGUCUCAUGUUUACCACGCCAUCUUCAGCUGUCCCUGGGGUACCACCUUUGGGAAACAGUGCUCUUUCACAUGUGGUUCUCCUGCCAUACUACAGGGUGACAGUGACAGGCUGGUGUGUCUGGAGGAUGGCCUGUGGUCUUUCCCUGAGGCCUAUUGUAAGAUUGAGUGCCCAGAGGUUCCCAGUGUCGCUAAUGCACAUCUGCUGACAGGAGAGUGUCUGGCUUCAGGGCACGACAUCGGCUCUGUCUGUCGGUAUAAGUGCAGACCAGGAUACUUUGUAACGGGAAGCAUCAAGAAGAACAAGCCAAGAAAAUACUUUAAACUGGAGUGCCUGGAGGAGGGACAGUGGGAAGAGGCUGGAUGUGAACCUGUGUCCUGUCCAGUUCUACCUGAUGUCUUUCAUGGAAUGUACACCUGUACCAACGGUCUAUACUACGACAGCUACUGCACCCUGCAAUGUCCCAACGCCAAGGAGAAUAGUGUAAUUCAUUGCACCAAGGAAGGAAAAUGGACAUCAGAGUUCUCAAUGUGCUCUCAGCUCCAGGGAUCGUGUCCACCGCCGCCUGAAAUCAACUCAGUGGAAUACAUCUGCGACCAGGGCACCAGUGUGGGUGCUGUUUGCCUCCCUGUUUGCAUGGAUCUGUGUGACGCAGUGGUGCUGCCCAAUGGCACAACAGCAGACACCCUGCAGCACUGGGUGAUGCCAGUCCAGCUCCAGAGCAUAGUGUGCACAGGAAUGAUGAAGUGGUUUCCUGACCCUCAACACAUCCAUUGUAUCCAGUCAUGUGAGCCCUUUGGAGGAGACAACUGGUGCGACACGAUAAACAACCGAGCUUACUGCCAGUACGACGGAGGAGACUGCUGCCCAUCCACGCUGUCCAGCAGAAAGGUCAUCCAGUUCGGAGCAGACUGUAAUCAGGACGAGUGCACUUGUCGAGACCCAGACGCGGACGAGAACAAGAACCAGACCAACCACACGCAGGGGGCCGGUGCUCAGGGUCGGAAGUGA